CUGUGCCGAUCUCAUUUUACUCAUGCGCAUUGCGCCAGGGGAUAGAGAUUUCUGGCUAUGAGAAGCUAGCAACAGUACGACACCGGCAGACAGAGCAGCUGUCUUUUCGAAGAUACAGUAUCAUCAUUAUUAUUACACUGCUUACAGUAACAAUGGCGUUUCAGUGUCAGAGGGACUGCUACAUGAGAGAGUUUACAACUUCCGUGGUGUCAUGCCGUCCUGCUGAGCUCAAAAUAGACAACAGCGGGAAGAAGGAGAAAGUGAAGGGGUUUAACAUCAUCCUGAAGGACACUAUACUGUUUCCAGAGGGAGGGGGUCAGCCAGAUGACCAGGGUGUCCUCAAUGAUAUCCCUGUGUUGCGAGUCACUCGCCAGGGUGCCGAUGCGGUUCAUUUUGUCACCUCUCCUCUGGAGGAGGGAGUGGAAGUGCAGAUGAAGGUAGACUGGGAAAGAAGAUUCAACCACAUGCAGCAGCACUCGGGGCAACACUUAAUAACAGCCAUUGCAGACUCUAUGUUUGGCUUCAAAACUACCUCAUGGGAAUUGGGUCGGCAACGCAGUGUGAUUGAGCUUGACACCCCGUCAGUGGAGCCUGGGCAGGUAGAAGCUCUGGAGAAAGCAGUGAACAAGAAGAUCAGGGAACAAGUCCCUGUCAGUGUCAAAGUGUUAGCGGUGGAUGACCCCACUGUUGAAAAGGUACGAAGCCGUGGACUGCCAGAGGACCAUACAGGCCCCAUUCGGAUAAUUGAUAUUGAAGGAAUUGAUGCCAACAUGUGCUGUGGGACACAUGUUUCAAACCUCAGCCACUUGCAGGCUAUAAAGAUUCUUGGAACAGAAAAAGGGAAGAAGAACAAAACCAACCUUAUUUUCGUGGCUGGGAGUAGGGUGCUAAAAUACGCUGAACGAAGUUACAGUGUGGAAAGGGCAUUGACCUCCCUGCUCAAAACUGGGCCUGAAGACCAUGUUGAAGCUGUAGACAAACUGCAGAAAUCAGUUAAAGUGUUACAAAAGAACAAUCUUAAUCUGCUUCGAGACUUGGCUGUUCUUAUCGCAGAACAUUUCAAGAGUAACCCGAACCGUGGAAAGCUGUUCUGCUUACACAGGAAAGAUGGAGACAAUGAGUUUAUGAACAUCAUUGCUAAUGAAAUAGGCACAGAGGGCACUUUGAUAUUUCUUACUGUUGGGGAUGAAAAGGAAGCUGGAUUGUUCCUACUGGCUGGACCAAUAGAAAUGGUGGACACUUUGGGACCCAGAGUGGCUGAGCUGCUGGAAGGGAAGGGAGCUGGGAAAAGGGGGCGAUACCAGGGUAAAGCUAACAAGAUGGGCAGGCGGCCAGAGGUGGAGGUGUUAUUACAGGAGAACAUACAGCAUCGCAGUUCAGAGGAAGAAUGAAUCCCGAAAGUAAAACAGUCCCGGAGUUCUGGGCAGGAAGCCAAGCUGGACCCUAAUGACCCCUUUAAAUAUUCUACCUUAGCAAAUAAAUCAUAACCAUUAGUGAUAUCCUUAAAUGAUGUUAGGAACAUGGUGAUUUUAGUCAUGACUAAAUUUUGAAAAAGUUUUGGCACAGGGGAUCUAUAUUUUUAGUUCAUUUUGAAAAAUGCUUUCAAACACCCCUUACCUUCUGCUUUUGAAAGUCAUAGUCUAGUUGUUGUUGUUAUAAAAAUUGUGAUGCAUACUAUACUUUUCCAUUAUGUAAUUUGUCCCUGGACAAUAAAAGUUCUCUUCUCCA